AUGCGAUUCAUCGUGCGCCUACGCACGGUAGGCAUCACGAACCUGUCAGGCGAUGACUACUUCGCCAUAUCCGCAUGGGUCUUCUACACCGUAGACGCGGUCGUCGUCGACAAAGCUUACCACUACGGCACCAAUGUCGACUUUACCGAAGAGCAGUUCGCGGCGAUGUCGAGCUCCCAGCUCCACGACGUCUCCAAGGGAUCCAAGUACGAGCUCGUAGCCUGGUUCUCCUACUCGGCCCUCAUCUGGUCCAUGAAAGGAACAAUGAUCUUCUUCUACCGCCGCCUCACCUUCGGCCUCUGGCAACAACGGCUAGUCAGCUACCUCAGCGCCGCCUGCGUCCUCACCUACAUCGGGGUCCUCCUGACCAUCUUCCUCGGCUGCCGCCCCUUCAACCACAACUGGCAGGUGCACCCGUCGCCCGGCCUGCAAUGCACCUUCCGCACCCAAAACAUCGGCGUCGUCUCGUCCUUCAACAUCGCGACGGACCUGGCCCUCCUCUCCGUCCCACUGCCCCUCCUCUGGCGGCUGCAGGUGCCGGGGCGGCAGAAGCUGAUCAUCGCGGCGUUCCUGCUGACCGGCGUCUUCGUGAUCGCGGCCGCUGUUAUUCGUAUUGUUAUCACGCUUGGGAGUAAUCCGAGCACGACGACGAUUAAUUUGUGGGGCGUGCGCGAGACCAUCGUCGCGCUCGUCUGCGUCAACGCGCCGAUGCUGCGACCGCUGUUUUUGAGGAGGUUUUGGAGCAUCGAGCCGUGGAAGGCGAGUACGCGCGGCGAGGCGACGACGAUCACGGGCGGCGGCGGUGGUGAUCCGUCGUCGCUGUCGGGCGCGUACGGGCAGCGCAGCAAGCAUCGGUACAGCAGGAGUCGUGCGGAAGGCAGCUCUGGGGUAGCGGGACUGUUCGGGUCGGGCGGGAAGCAUCAUCAUGAAGAUGAGAGUCUGAACGAUACCGGAAGCGAGGAGUACAUCAUGCGGAACAUGGCCAAGGAUCACGCGGACCGGGUGGUGGUCGAGGUCGAGGUCGAGAUCAAGAGCGAGCAGCGGAAGCAGGGCGAGCGGACCGACGUGGAGAUGGGGAACUCGUGGGGGCUCAGGGAUUGA